AUGGCGGCAGGGUGGGUAAAGUCAUUACAAUGCAAAGCAAGAGCUGUAGACGUUGUCGAGAGUCACCACCUUCAUCUUCUCCCAGCUUCUUCAAGUUGUAGAAAGAGUUUUCAGAGUCUCAAAGACGUCGUUGACACCACUAAACAAAAACCCAGAAAGCCCAAACCCUCGCAACCAUCGCCGCCGCCGGAGCUGCCGCCGUCCAGGAAAACCAAAAGCUCCGUUUCAAGAAAACCCGAAAACGUUACCCGGGUACGAAGUAGUAACUCGUUAUCUAGCAAUUCCAGACGACACUCACGUCCAUCCGAUUCUUAUUUUCCGGCGUUGACUGAUCUGCCGGAGGGACAUCCGUCACGUAAUGUGGUGGAGAUUAUAUUUCAUACGAGCUGGUCGCCUAAGGUUUUUUCGGGUCGGAUAGAGAUGGUUUUUAAGGUCCAGAAUUUGGCCCGUACCGUGAGCCGGUUCGAGGAGUACAGGGAGGUAGUGAAGUCUGGAUCCGGGUCAAGUGAUAAUGGUGGUUCGGGUCUCGGUGAAGACCACGCACGGUGUGUUGCAGAUGGGAAUGAAGUGAUGAGGUUCCAAUGCCUGGGACCCACCGGCGGCGGUGCUUAUGAAACCGCAGGUGGCGGUGCGUGGUCGUUUCAGUGGGGGAAGGGGGCGGCGCUCUGCACGUUUUCCGGCAGCGGAGUAGCGCACGAGCGUGCGGGUGGUGGCAGGGGGCGGAAGGCGAUGCUGGUUUGUCGAGUCAUAGCGGGUCGUGUGCACAAGCAGCUGGAAUUUGACUCGGUGUAUAAUGGACGAGUCGGGUAUGACUCAGUGAGUGGGGGAAAUGGCGAGUUGCUUGUAUUUGAUUCCCGUGCUGUGUUGCCUUGUUUUCUUAUUAUCUAUAAAUUGUAAAAAAGAAAAUUGGUUUUCUACGAUUUUGUAGAAGUGACAACCAACCCUCUUCAACUUAUUAAAUUUUACA